AUGAAGCACCGAGCACAUGUGCAUGGAGAUGUGAUGAUCACUGGGUUUUUCCCUCUCUACACUUUGGGAGUAGAUCACAGGAACAGCCAUGCUUCCAGGCAAGAAGAGAACAAGAUAUUUAUGUUCAAGAACUAUCAGUUUGUUUUGGCCUUGGCUUUUGCUAUUGAGGAGAUCAACAAAAAUCCUGAUCUUUUACAUAACUUGACUCUGGGAUAUGAUAUCUAUGAUGUUGAAUUCAGAACUUGGACAAUGUUUAAGAAUCCCUUCACUUGUCUCUUUGGGAAGUACAAGAUUCCAAACUACUCCUGCAUUCGAGACAGCAUGACAAUAGCAGUACUUACAGGACCAUCAGGAAUAACAUCUGACCAGAUUGGGACAUUGCUAGGACUCUACAGAUUUCCACAGUUUACCUUUGGGCCUUUUGAUCGUGCCCUGAGCGAUCAUAACAAGUUUCCUGCUCUCUAUCAGAUGGCCCCAAAAGACACACCAAUAGCCACUGCCAUGGUCUCCUUACUUCUUCAUUUCAGCUGGAACUGGGUGGGACUGUUGACCUCACAAGAUGAGAAUGCUUCAUGGGUUCUUGCUGAAUUGAAAGAAGAGAUGGCCAAGAACAGAGUUUGUAUAGCCUAUGAGUUAGUGAUGUCAACCCAAGACGUGUCACAUAUAUUCAAACUGGUAGCAGUUCAUAAUGAGAUAAAUGUAUCUUCAGCAAGUGUUCUCAUCAUAUAUGGUGAUAAUGAUUCACUGAUAGGUUUAGUGGUAUUUAUCGAGCAAAUUUUUAUACAUGGCAAAGUUUGCAUUAUGAACUCACAGUGGGAUUUCACACUGAAAAGGAGAUAUUUCAUGCUAGGCUCAUUGCAUGUACCUCUUAUUUUUACACACCAUUAUGUAGAUGUUUCUGGAUUCACAGAUUUUAUCAAGGCAGCUAAGCCUUCAAAAUACCCAGAAGACAUUUUUCUUGCCAGACUGUGGUUUCUGUCUUUUAAUUGCUCAGCUUCUGAGUCUGACUGUGUGACUUGGGACAACUGUGUUCAUGAUGCCUCUUUGGAUUUGUUGCCUGUGCAUAUUUUUGAUAUGACUAUGUCUAGAGACAGUUACAAUGUUUACAAUGCUGUGUAUGCUGUGGCCCAGACUCUCCAUGCGAUGCUUCUUCAUCAAACAGAAUUUCAAACAAUGGACAAUAGAAAAGAAAAAGUGCCUUCCCCUGAACAGCUGCACACUUUUCUGAAGAGCAUCCAGUUUUACAAUCCAACUAGAGCUAAUGAUUUUUGGGAUGAGAAAAGGAAACUGGAGCCAGAGUAUGACAUUCUGAACAUUUGGAAUUUUCCAGAAGGUUUGGAACUUGCAGUGAGGAUAGGGAAGUUUUCUCCAUAUGCUCCACAUGGUAAUCAACUGUCUUUAUCUGAAGAUAUGGUAGAGUGGGCCAUUGGAACUACAGAGACUCCUCUCUCUGUCUGCAGUGAUAGUUGUGGUCCUGGAUUCAGGAAAUCUCCUCAGGAGGGAAUGGCUGUCUGUUGCUUUGAUUGUACACCUUGCCCAGAAAAUGAGAUUGCUAAUAACACAGAUAUGGAGCAAUGUGUGAAGUGUCCAGAUCAUCAGUAUGCCAACACGCACAGAACUCAAUGCUUCUUGAAAACUGCAAGUUUCCUGGCUUUUGAAGAGCCCUUGGGCAUAGCUCUGGCUAGCAUGACUAUUUGCUUCUCCUUGCUAACUGCUGCUGUUCUUGGAAUGUUUGUAAAAUACCAAGACACUGCAAUUGUCAAGGCCAAUAACAGGGCUCUCAGCUACAUCUUGCUCAUCUCCCUCAUCUUCUGUUUCCUCUGUUCUUUGCUCUUUCUUGGCCGUCCCAACAUAGUCACCUGCAUCCUGCAGCAGAUCACAUUUGGGGUUGUCUUCACUGUGGCUGUUUCCACAGUGCUGGCUAAAACAGUGACUGUGGUCCUGGCCUUCAAGGCCACUUCCCCAGGAAGAAGGAUGAGGUGGCUGCUGGUAUCAGGGGCUCCUAACUUCAUCAUCCCCAUGUGCACCCUCAUCCAGGUGACCCUCUGUGGACUCUGGCUGGGAACCUCUCCUCCCUUUGUUGACACAGAUGCACACUCUGAACAUGGCCACAUCAUCGUCCUGUGCAACAAGGGCUCCCUCACUGCCUUCUACUGUGUCCUGGGAUACCUGGGCUCCUUGGCCCUUGCCAGCUUCACUGUGGCUUUUCUGGCCAGGAAUCUGCCUGACACCUUCAAUGAAGCCAAGUUCCUGACCUUCAGCAUGCUGGUGUUCUGCAGUGUGUGGCUCACCUUUCUACCUGUCUACCACAGUGCCACAGGGAAGAUCAUGGUGGCUGUGGAGGUCUUUUCAAUCUUUGCCUCUAGUGCAGGACUCCUAGGCUGCAUUUUUGUCCCAAAGUGUUACUCCAUGUUAUUAAUGCCAAAAAGAAAUUCUCUUCAUGGCUUCAGAUAUAAAAGACAUUCUGGCUAUCAGGACUGCACACAGGGCAGCUGCUGGCGGAGGGCUUUACUUCUCCGGUACCAAGGUGUGUGGGUCAAGCAAUGUCUAGCAGCAGGAGGACGGUACCUCCCCAAGACAGAAUUGGCAAAGCCAGGGAACUGGCAGCAGCCAACAACUGCCAACCAGGGGGAUCCAUCCCUUGCCCUGACAGAAUCUGCCAAGCCAGGGGGAAUCGAGGUAUGUGCCACACCAGAGAAACCUACCAACCAGGAGUCUCCACGAAGAUCCCACCCCCACCGCUCACUCUCCAUCCGAGCAGAGAGGCUCCAUCCUGCCAAAGCUGCCCAGCACCUGCAGCACGACAAAGGGAGCUGUCCGCUGAUAGCGCAGAAACCACCUGAGUUACCAGUGUCAGACCCGCCAAUUGGGACAACCCGGCGGGGGCUGCCAGGAAUCAUGACUGUUACUGUGAUCUAUCCCGAAAAUGUUGAGAGGGAAAAACCCAGUGAUCAUCACAUCUCCAUCCAUGUGUGCUCGGUGUUUCAUAGUAGAAAAGCAGCUAGUGUCAGCCAAGAACCUGACAAGGAGGGGAAGCUGGAGAAGAAGGAGUGUGAAAAGCAUAAGAUGGCCACUCUAACCCAGCUCCUCUCAUCACAGUUUCCUGGAGUCCCCUAUAGCAAUGUGGAAAACCUUCAGCCCUUGGGCUCUUCAUUAGAGGCCCUGAAUCCAGGAAAGAAAUAG